AUGACUUCGACAACAUCUGAGCUUCUCUUUUCUUCUCCGGUGCCAAAGACGAUGAGCACCGUCAUCAAGGUCGAUGGUGAAGAACUGGCCGACCUUCUUCAUGAUCUAUCGGCCCAAGAACAGACAAUGAGUACCGUCGUCAAGAUUGAUGAUCAAGAAUCAACCGACCUUCUUGACGAUCUAUCGGCCCAAGAACAGACAACGAGUACCAUCGUCAAGAUCGAUAGUCAACAACCAACCGACCUUCUUGACGAUCUAUUGGGCCAAGAGCAGAUUGCAGUGGAGCUUCCUCAAGUGAAGUGUGGGGAUGGUCAUCAUGGGGUUUGUGCCAUUUGUUUGUCUAAGAUAAUUCUUCAAGAAACUGCCCUUGUAAAAGGUUGCGAGCAUGCCUACUGGUUUGUCUAA